ACCGUGUAGAAAUGACAACAGCAGGUCAGAAAAUGGACAAACUACAAAGUGGAUGGAUGAUUUACUGUAACCUGUUGGCUUUUUUUUAGAAUUCCAGCGGAGCACCCCUUACCAAAAACAAAAAAAAAGACUGAAAAUGUCAAAUACAAGUUUUUGCCUUGAGUUGCACUCCUAUUACAACCUUAUUUUAUUUACUGUAAAACACAGCUUAGAAAUCUUACACAGAACAACUUAGAAAUUUAAGUCAAAAUUUUAUAAAUGUUUCAAAAAAGGUAUUUGAACCCCUCAGAAAAGCAUUUUUUAUUAUAAAAUCGUGUCUUGCAGUAAAUCUGAGAAAUGUGUAGUGAAAUAGCAUUAUUAUCAGAUUACUGAUAGAAAUAUUGUAUACUUUGUUAAGGCAAUGCAAUGACUCGGUUGAACAGUAUGGCUUAAGGCACUAUACAGGAUUACAUAAUCAAAUUAGACAGACAGACGGAUGUGGCAGGCACUAUAUGAUAGAUAGAUAGAUGGAUAGACUCGUUGUCCACUGACAAAUACAUAAGAGCGGUGUGAGAAAGCACGUGCGCCCCCGGGUAUCUUUACAAACUGGCGCUCUGCGAACACUUAUAUUGGCUCCUCCUAUCUGACGCUCUGCAGGACAGGAUAUAUUCUUCAUGGCUUGGAGCCCAAAAAAUAUAUUCUUGGUAAUGAAGAUUUUGGUCCAUUUUUCCCUGCCUUAUUACCAGUGGGAUGCGGCGAUGCUUGCGACUGACCGGCGCUCUUUUUGUCGGUCAGGUACGAAUCGACACCUCGAUAAGGUUUUGCGGCUUUAAAAAGCGGGCUAACUGAUAGUAGAGGAUUAAAAAGAGGUUAACAGCGGUACAGCAGAGUUUGGUAUGAUCUCUCCGUUCCAAUAGAUGGCAGCAAUACAUACACGAAUCUGAAUUUUGUGAUGGGCAAAGAAGUAGAGGGGCGGGUUUUGGGAGUGACGGAGUCGAUGAUUGGUGGAAGGCGACCUCGGCUGCAGACUGCGGUGCAGCGAUCAGAACCGGCGUGAUGGCCGAGAGCGCAGCGGCCGUUGUGGACAGCGAUCUGAGAGGGCAGUCGGCCUCCAGCAUCAUUCAGAUAGCGAGAGCGACUUCGCCGGCCGUCGUUAGAAAACAGAAUGGAGAAGACCGCAUUUCCGCCUUAAAGAUCGAGGAACAGGAGAGUCCAGAUUUGAAAACUGUGCUCCCCAAUUCAGUGAAAGAAGAACUCAUCAGUCUGAAUGACGUUCAAGAGUUCAUGGCUUCUCCAUCCUGCAGGGAGACACCUCAACACAACCAAGUGCACACCACUCAAUAUGGAGAUAGUGAAAAGGUUGAAGGACAUUUACUUGAUGAAGACAAAGUGAAUAUCACGGCAUCGGUUCCGAUGAAAGAAGAGUUCCUUGAUCCAGUUUCUGUGUCUGUGAAAGAUGAAUUGUGUGAAAUUCAAAUUUUCUUACAUAAUAACUUAAGUGAGUCUAACCUGGAAGAUACAGAAGUUAAGGAGGAGCAGCCUGAAGGUAGCCUUGCAACUUCUAAAGUAACCCACGAGCAGGACAGCCAUGCGAGUUUUGACUCAUCCCUUAAUUGUGUGAGGUGUAGUGAGUGUGGAAAGACCUUCAGUUGUUUGUCAAAAUUAAAGAUUCACCAUAGAAUCCACUCUGGCCAAAAGCCGUAUAGUUGUGACGAAUGUGAGAAGAGCUUCAUUCAGUCUUGUCAUCUGAAAGCACACAAAAGGAUUCACACUGGUGAGAAGCCAUAUAGCUGCGCUGAAUGUGGGAAAAGCUUUGGUCGUUUAGAAAACUAUAAAACGCACCAGAGAAUUCACACCGGAGAAAAACCAUUUGGCUGUCCAGAAUGUGGCAAGAACUUCAAUCGUUUAGGAAACCUGAAAGCCCACCAAAGAAGCCACACUAGAGAGAAGCCAUAUGGUUGUCCUGAAUGUGGGAAGAGGUUUAGUUCUUCUACAGGCAUCAUGAUACACCAAAAAAAGCAUACUGGAGGGAAAUUGUUUAAUUGUCCCAAAUGUGCAAAAACCUUCUCAUGUUUGGGAAGCUUACAGACACACCAGAGAGUUCAUACUGGGGAGAAACCAUUCAGCUGUUUUGAAUGUGGCAAGAGCUUCAAACGUUUAGGGACAUAUAAAAUGCACCAGAAAAUUCAUACUGGUGAAAAGCCAUACGAAUGUUCAGAAUGCGGGAAGAGAUUCAAUCGUCUGGGAAACUACAAGAUACAUCAGAAAAUUCAUACAAGAGAGAAGCCGUACAGUUGCUCUGAAUGUGGGAAAAGGUUCAGCAAACUUGGAGAAGUUACAACACAUCAGAACAGGCAUAUGGGAAAUAAAUUAUUUAAUUGUUUAGACUGUGGGAAGACCUUCUCUUGUUUAGGAAAUCUUCAACUGCACCAGAGAAUCCAUACUGGGGAGAAACCUUACAACUGUUUAGAAUGUGGGAAACGCUUCAGUCGUUCUGGAAACUUUAAGAUACACCAGAGAGUCCACACUGGGGAGAAACCAUACAGCUGUCUCGAGUGUGGGAAGCGUUACAGCCAUUUGUCUAACCUUAAAGCUCACCAGAGGAAGCACACUGGAGAGAAACCAUAUUUUUGUACUGAUUGUGGGAAAUGUUUCAGUCAAGCCUCAGGUUUUAAGAUACAUAAGCGAAUUCACACCGGGGAAAAGCCGUAUAAGUGUUCACAAUGUGGGGAGAGCUUUAAUCGCUCUGGAAAGCUCAAAUCACACUCAAAGAUUCACACAAAAGACUCAAAUUGUGGGUAGAAUUCUCAGUGUUAAAGACACUUCAUAGUGAAAGUGUCCAGAGGAUUAGUAGUAGAAAGACCUGAGAGAUUAAUGCACAAGUCUAAUUUGAGGGCCCUGGAAAAAGUCAAGCUCAUUAAAGGGACAACAAAUAAGCCAAAGCACACAAUGAGAAUUACAUUCCAGGAAGGAGACCAUGUGUCCUACCACUAAAAUCUUCUUACAGGAGUCUUGGCUUCCUCUAACACAAAAUUUUCAUUCAAAGAGAGGAUGUUUGGAUAUGUAUGCCGCCAUCUUAAAUAGGGGCUACAUUCCAAUGUUAAGUGCCACAACACCACCCAAUUGCCUGACUGGUAGCUAUACAGAACAUGGGUUCGUCCAUCAGAAACAAAUGAAACAACAGUCUGUGAUGGUGCCUUGGUAAUUUUAAUAUCAUAAGAAUAGAAAAGAUGAACCACCAGAUUAUUUAGAAAUUAAAAUUAUUUGAAAUGAAAUGAACUGUUUCUCAAGAAGCCAAAAGCUAAAUUCAUAACACUAACUCCAGCAUGGUCUUGGCUGUAUGCUGUGGGUCAUUGUUGUGCUGAAAUUUUAACUAUCACCUCAUUCUCAGUUUGCGUGCACUCUGGAGCAGAUUUUCUUCAAGGACCUCUCUGUACUGGGCCGCGUUCGUCCUUCCCUCAGUUCUGACCACUGCCACUGAGAAACAUCCCUAUAGCAUCAAGCAACCACUAUGUUUCACCAUUGGGCAGAAGUGUGGAGAACUUAAAUUUUUAUCACAUUAGAACAGAAUGUUUUUCCUCAUGCCCUCACAGUCCUGUAAAUGCUGUUUGGCAAACUCCAAGUGGACUUCCGUGUACCUUUUAAUUAAAGGUUGCUUACAUACUGCCAAUCUAACCUCAAUUCUUACCAGUCUCCCUGUCCCCAACCACUGAGAAGCACCCACACCCAUAUAGCAUGAUGCAACCACUAUGCUUCAAUCUAGAGAUUGUAUUAGGCUGAUGGUGAGCAGUGCCUGGUCUUUGCCAGACCUAGUGCUUGGAGUUCUACCCAAAGAGUUUAAUUUUUCUCUCAUCAGAACCUUUUUCUUCAUGUUCUCAGAGUCCUGUAAAUUCUCGCAAACCUGACUUCCAUCUAGCUACUCUGCCAUAAACACAUGAGUAACGGAACACUGUUGAGAUGGUCACCCUUCCAUUAUGCUUUCCUAUCUCAGCAGAAGACUUCUGAAGCUCUGUUAGAGGGACUGUUGUGGUGUUGAUCACCUUCCUGCCCAAGGCCCUUCUUGCUUGGUUUACACAGUUUUUCCAUGUGGCCAACUCUUAGGAAGAAUCCUGGUGAUUCCAUUUCAAUUAUUGGGCCACGGUCCUGCUGGGAACACUCAAAACUUUAGAAAUGGUUUUAUGCCCGUGCCCUGAUCUAUGCCUUACCCUAGUUUGAUUAUGGAGGUCUACAGAGAGUUCCUUGGAGUUCAUGGCUUGGCUUUUGUCCUGAUGUGCAGUGCGAAUUGUGAGACCUUAUCUACACAGGUGUGUGUCUUUCUAAACGAUGUCCAGUCAGUUCAGUUUACCACCUCUGUGGUCAGGUUACAUUUUUAAUACAUCCUCAAGAAGAAUUAAAGUGAACAGGAUGUACCUGAGCACAAUUUGGAGUGCCACAGUAGAGGGCCUGAAUGCUUAUGUGAGUGAUUUUAGUUUUUAAUUUAUAUAAGUUUGCUAAACUUUCUGAAAACGUGUUUUCAUUUUGUCCUAAUGGAUUAUUGAAUAUUAAAUGACAUGUACUUAAUCAAGGUCAGUAUUUCAAGGGGUUGGUAUUCAUAAUUGAUAAGGUAAGUUUUAGUGAGCGCAUAGAUUUUAUAGGAAAACAAUUGUGUUACAUUGAACAUGAAGUUAAUAAUAAGAAAGGUUUGCAAUCACAUAAACUAAAAUAGAGACUGGUGACUGGGAAUCUGAAUUGUGGGACAAUACAGUACAUGAGCUGCUGAUUCUGCAGACUCCACCCUGAAAAUGUUCAGAUUUGAAGUAGAAGAAUGCUAUGCAGAUACCUGAAGUCGCAGCAUAUUGGACAGUGGAUGGGUGGGUUAAGUAAUGAGAUGAUGGGGAUGUGGGAACCCAACUUAAUGCAGAACCACAUAUUGUAGUUAGCAUAGGCAUCAUAGUUAGGGGGAAAAAGGGCAAUGAUUACCCAGGGUCCACUUGAGGGGGUUCGGGAGAGCGAAGCCUGGAAUGAAAAGUUUGUUUUCGAGAGGAAGGGACCCACAGAGACUGCUUAUGUAUUGGGCCCAAAGUUUCUGUGCUACACCCCUGAUGGUUAGGCACAAGGCCAAAGCCAAACAUUCCCAUCCAAAUCACAAACCAAGACAAAGUUAGAUACUGUAUCUAUUUAUUUAUCAAUAAUUAACAACUAAUAGAACAAUUCAGCAGACAUACUGGGAAAGGUGAACAUAAAAAUAAGGACAAAACAUGAAAAAUUGAUUAUGUUGAUACAGGAUUUAUCAAAAGGCUGUUUCCAUUUGGGCCAGUUUGUUCAUUGUUUUGGUUCCUGGUUAAUUUUUUUUUUUUGCUUUAUUGUGGGUCUUUUAUUAAUAAAUUUGGUAUUGUUAAUAUUGUAUUUUGCCCGAGA